AUGCCAAAUUUGGGCCGGUCGAACGGCUGUUGGACCUGCCGCCUACGCCGCAAGAAGUGCGAUGGCGCGGCCCCCGAAUGCCAGUGCUGCCGUGCUCUGGGCAUCGAAUGCUACUUUGAGCCGACCAAGCCGGACUGGAUGGACAAUGGCAGCAGGCAGAAGCGCAAAGCUGCCGAUGUUAAGGCGAAAAUCAAGUUGAUUGCUAAUCGCCGUCGGACAGGAGCCAAGCUCCAAGGCUUUAUUCACGAACUUGGUGGCGACGGCCAGAGUGACGAGUCUGUCGCGCUGUCCAUCCGGCCUGCCUCGCCAUCAUCGACCACACCAGAGUUGAUUGCAGAUGUCGGCUCCGAUCGUGGUCGACGGCAGGCGUGGACUGAGUCACAGCCUUCCAGCAGCAGCACAGUUUCAGGUGCUGGCUUCUCGACCCAGCUAUCGCCUGAUUCAAGGGCUCGCUCACACAAUCUUUCGGAUCCACACUUUAUCCUGGAGCAUGUCAUGCUCAUGAGUUAUAUAGACCAUAUCCAUCCCAUUCUUUACCCUUUUCACCGCCCAAGUGUGCUGGAAGGGGGUCGUUGCUGGAUACUGCCCAUCGCCUUAAGUCACGACUGCCUUCGUCACGUCAUUGUGGCACUGGCCACCUACUGUUUCGGUACCAUGCAGGUCAUUCCAGGGUCCACUGAAUCUGUAUGCGGUGCCUUAGAUGGCAAUUUACUACAGCGUCAGACUGAGAUCGCGCUACAGAGUGCACAACGUGACCUGCAGGCCGUUAGAAUCAGUGCCCUGGGCCAGGACGCCCUGGAGAAAUCACGGGUUCUGGCGAACACUGUUCAACUGCUUACAGUCGAGACUUAUGUUGGCACGAACAACUGGAAACCCCACCUGGAUGCGGCUGUCUCGCUGUCCAGCCAGAUAAUCGAGGAUCACUCUUUCGGCGAGGGCCCGGAUACCGGCUUGAGCAAGGUGGUGGAACAGCUGAGCGUAACAGUCAGCUAUGAGAAUCCUCACCCACCUUUAUGGACUCCUCCUCAGGCCUCGUAUCGCUUCUACACCGCAGUGCUCGUCUUUUCUGACGUCGUCGCGUCUACUGCACUAGAGCGAGCCCCGAUACUUCGACCGCACUUUGCCCACAUUCUGUGCAGCCCUGCCGAACUUACACGUGUUGAAUCGCCGAAGCUGAAUCUUCUCCUGUUUUUCGGGGUGGAGAACUUGAUACUUGUGAUGAUAGCCGAUAUUGCUGCCCUUGCCGAAUGGAAGCGGAUGCAGACCGCUCGCCAAUGGCUUUCGAUGCCAGAGCUUGUUAGACGAGGAGCAGAUCUAGAAGUGCGUCUGCAGCAUAUCAUCGACCGGCUGGACACAGCCCGCACCGAGACAACAUCGGAACCAGCAACUAUUAUUGACGGACUGGCUGGUGUACUUCCGACUCCACCCAGCAUCAUCAACGCCGUCAAUCGCAUUUGGGCGCGGGCCGCUAAAGCCUACCUGUACACCACGGUUUCGGGCUGGCAGCUUGGCCAUCCUGAACUGCGUGCCAAUAUUUCCGAGACGAUCAGCUUGCUUAUCGAUCUCUGCGAUCAAGAUACUUCCACGGUCCCGGCAUGGCUCAGAGCACUGGCAUGGCCCAUUUGCGUCACGGGUUGCGCAACGUACACGCAAGAGGAGGUCGAUUCGAUCAGGCGUAUCUUUCGAGCCAUGGACGGCCUCAAAGCUGUAGCAACAGUUAGCCAUCUGAUCGAGGUCGUUGAAAAAGUCUGGUCGAAUCGAAGCAAAACAUCUGACUCUGGCACAUCGUGGCAGAACUUGACCCUAGCAUCGAUGCUCGACGGUGUGCUGCUGAUAUAA